AUAAGACAUGUCCAUUUGUUUUUGUUUAUGCGCAAACAACGACUAAUGAGUAAAAAAAAAAAUAAUAAUACGAUUCGCAUUCAAUUCGUCCGGUUGCCGACAAUAACAAUAUUAAUAUUUAUUUUCGAUUGUCUAGUACGUAUUUUCCUCGACCAUUUUAUCGAAGACUCGUCGUACGGAAGUAAUGAAGUUGUGUUUAUUAUAGUCCUGACCAUGGCCAAUCUUGAUGGAGAUCUGUCGCGUAUGUCCAUAGGCGAUGAUUCGAGUAAUAAAUUUGGAAGGAAGGACAAGUUUCCUAGGGAAGUAGAAAUAUACAGGCCUGGAAGUGGACCAUUAAAACGAAGUGGUAAUUCUCGCCAAGAUGUUGAAGAUGAUGAUAAACGGUCUGGAUUUGAUCGUGACCUUGAAUCAUCCAAGAAGAGUGAUUUUAUACCAAACAAACAUUUUGAAAAUCCAAGUAGAAAAAAAGAAAAUUUUCCGAGAGGUCAAAAGAUGAACGGUGUGGCUGCUGAUAAUUACAGUACAUUCAAUUUAAAACGGAAACAGCAAAAGAAAACACAACUAUUUUAUGAGCCACCUAAUGAAUGGAGUAGUGAUAAACGAUCAGAUCGACCACGAGUAAACUUUGUAAAUCCCAACGAUUCCAAAGGUGAUGAUGAUAAUAAUUGGAGAGCACAUAAAGCACCUAAUGUAGUGAUUGUUCCUAAAGUGGUUAAAAAAAUUGAUGAAAAACCAGCUGUUUCAGAAAAAAUCAUAACUCCGAGUGAUAUUAUACCUACCAAGAAUAUUAAUACACGUGUUAACUCAGUACAAAAUAUCCCAGAUAAGACACAUAGUUUCAGUAGUAAGAAACGAGAAGAAAAAAAAGUGCCUAGUAAACCAAUACAUUCUGCGCUUUUAAUGAACUAUGAAAAUUUGCCUCCAAGAUUGCGAAAAAAAUUUUGUGAUGAUUAUCAUAUCUCUAUGGAGGAAGUAGAAGCAUUGUUAACAAAUGGACUUCCAUCUCAAGAUGAACUUAAACAAAACAGUUCAUAUCAAUCUAGAAGUCAAACAUUACCUCCAAGAAGUGGUAAGGGUCGAUUCAAUGAACCACAAAGACAUGAACAGGGAUUUUAUAGGACUAAUUCUAAUCAACCUCCACCAAAGACUGAAGUUAGGAGACAGCAACCUGCAGUUGUUAAUACUGUUAAUAGUUCAACUGAAUCAAGUAAACGAGGUGUUGGUUUACCUGCUAAAGUCUAUAGUAGUCAUCAUGAAUCUAAAACUGUAGAUCAUACUACUAGGGAUAAUACUGAAAACAAUUAUUCUGUUAGUACAAAGCAAUCCAUAGAAAGUGCAGUUUUACUCCCUAGUGGUACAAUCAAUUGGGCUGAAGAAGUGGAACGAGCUGAAAACAUGUCCAAAGUGGCAGAAGAUUCAAAAAAAGAAGUUGAGAGAUUAGAAACUGUUGAAAAGACAUCAAGUUCUCCUAGAGAUAGAAAACAGAGGAAGAGUGUCAGUAAGGAUAGAAAUUGUAUAAAUACAUUACCUCUACGUGACCAACCAUCUAGCAGUACUCACUCUAACUGGCAUUCUCAGAGUAAUGAUAAUUCUGAAAACUUAAAUAGCAAUGGUGGAAGUUGGAGAAAAGAAAAAUCUAAAUCUAUUAGAAAUUGUAGCAAUGACCGAUCGAGGAAUCGUUCUCGAAAUCGUAGGAACAGAAAUAACAGUGAAAAAUCUGCACCACAUAAAUCAGAAAAUAUUGGUGGUAUUAUAAAACUACCACCUAAUGUAAAUGUCAAUUCUACUGAUAGCAAGUCACUUAGUCUAAGUGGUUAUUUAAAACAGACAGUUACAACCACAACUAACCAAUCUUCGUAUCCAGCAAAACAGUUAUUUAAUCCAAAUAACCCGAAUAAACCAAUAGUGAUAUCUCCUAAACAACAAAAUGUCAGAGCUGGUUAUCCACCUGCCAAUAUAGAACCACAUCAUGCUAAAGAACAUUUUCCAAUGAAUAUUAACAAUGCAAAUGCUCAACAAUACUCAGGUGCACAUUAUGGUAGUGCACCGCCCGCUUGGUAUGAUCCAUACACAGAAAGUUACCGUGCUUCAAUUUAUCCAGUUUUGUUAUUGGAUAUAAAAAAAGCUGAUUCUAUUAUAGGAAAUUUAGUUUUUGAACCAAAUAUGCUUCAAAAUUGGCCAAUAAUUAAUUCAUGCAGGGAGUUUUUAAAAGAUUCAUUAAAAGAGCUUUUAAAAUCAGACAUGAAAUUUUGCCAAAGAGAAAAUAUUGAAACACACUUUUGGAAAAUCCUUUACCACAAUAUUAUUGAACAUCUAAAAAAGCUUAUAAAUGAAGACUCACCAGAAUUAGUAAAAGACUAUACCUCGUUACUAAUGAAUUUAAUAGAAGAAGGUAUGAAGUAUAUGAAUGACCUUUUAAAACUGUUGGAAAAACAUUAUAAUUUUAAUUUGGAUGAUUAUGUAUCUCUGACAUGCCUGUCUACAAAAAAACUUGGAAAUAUUGGUCUUGCUUUAAUAUCAUCUCAAAAAUUAUAUAUAUCGUUAGGAGACUUGGCAAGGUAUAAAGAUAUCAUGAAUCAUAGCACUAAUUAUGUUAUUGCCAAACAAUGGUAUACCAAAGCCAACCAAAUAAACCCUAAAAACGGUCGACCUUACAAUCAAUUAGCGCUACUAGCUGUGUAUGAAAAACGAAAACUUGAUGCUGUAUAUUUUUACAUGAGAAGUUUGAUGGCUUCAAACCCUUUUCAGUCAGCAAAAGAUAGCUUAUUAUCUUUAUUUGAAGAAUAUAGGAGAAAAUAUGAAAUGACUGAUAGAAAACGCCUAGAAGAUAGAGAAAGACGUGAACGUGAAAAAGCUAAAGAAAAAGAGAGUUCCAUGUCAUCCAAAGAAAAAUACAGUAAAAGAAGGAAAGAAAUAUGGAUACACCCAGAUGGCAGUAAACGUUCUCACAGAACAACAUCAUCCACUGAACCAAAUCAAGACAUUGAUGAGGAAGAACUGUCAAAACUGUCUCAGUCUGAAGUUAAUAAAAGGUUUAUUGUAAGUUUUCUCCAUGUUCAUGGAAAGCUGUUUACUAAAGUUGGUAUGGAGAGUUUUCAAGAUACAGCAUUACAAAUGUUAAGAGAAUUUCGUAAAUUAUUGUCAAAUACACCAAUACCAAUCAUACCGACAAGGUUUUUGCAGUAUUUGGCUUUGAACAUGUUUUCAAUUGAAUACAGUCGUCCAAAAGAAACACAUGUAGAACAAGGAUAUUGGUCUACCGUUCACGAGUGUGCAUUGGCAAUGUCAUUGCAAAUGUUUAGCUUGAUUGUUGACCGAUGCAAUCAACUUUUGAAAGACAUAUUGAAUAAAGAUGAUGGAUCUACAGCUAAACAGUUGAUUGGUAGUGACAUAGACUUUCUGUUACCGCCAAUUAAGGUAUGGUGUGAUUGGCUUCUUUGCAAUUCUAAAGUAUGGAAUCCUCCUCCAUCGUGUUCGGAUUAUAAACUCUCUGGGACUGGAGAUUGUUGGUGUCGAUUAGCUUCUCUGGUAAACAAUUUGGAAAAAUUCCAGGAGCAUUUCAAAUUAGUUUUGAAUGAGCCUGACGAAAGUGAUCCAAGUUUAAGACAACAACUUAAAUUGCCUGAAGAUUCUAUGUUUAGUGGUUUUACACCAAUAAUUGGUUACGAGCUAAAACCUAUAUUUAUUACAACUACUUCAGAUAGAGUCCUGUCUGAGCUCACCCAUAGAGUGAACUGUAUAUUGUUCUUUGGCACAGAAUUUUUGUGUGGAACUGAACCACCUGUAUUUAAAUUACAUAAAACUGAUACUGGAGCAAGUGAAUAUAUUUCUGUUGUCGAAACAGCUAGUCCCAAAGAUGAUAGUGAAGACGAAGAAAUGUGUUUUGAAAGUUGGAUUGAUGAGGAAAAUGAUUUAAAAUCAAGACCAUCUGAAGACAAAUCCGUAUCGGAGUUACAGGCCAAACCAAUCUCAAAUGAAAUACAGAAGCUUCUAAGUAGAAAAGAAGAAUUGGAACAGAAACAAAGGAACGAAGAACUGAGACAAAAACGUGUACAAGAAAUAUUGAAACAAGCUUCGUAUUGUAUUGAAAUUGAAAUCAAGCCGCAUUUUGUGGUUCCAGACACCAAUUGUUUUAUUGACUAUUUGCCACAACUAGAGAAAUUAAUAUAUUCUUUAUCACAUGCACAAGAACAUACAUGCACUCUAAUGAUCCCUACUGUUGUACUUAUUGAAUUGGAAGGAUUGGCUAAAGGUGGAUGGGUCAGAGAUACAGUGUGUGACGCUGCUAAACAGGCUUUAAAAAUAUUAAAAAACAUUGAUUCAGCUGCCGUGAAAUUUGUGACAACCAAAGGGUCAAGUUUUAAAUCGACUACAUGUUUUGAAGAAGAAAACAAUUUUGUGGGAAAUAAUGAUGAUAAAAUAUUGGCAACUUGUUUAAGUCUAUGUAAAAACAAUUCUCAACUACCCGUAGAAAAUCCACCAGUGGAAGGAGAACCCAAAAAAAUAUUUAGGGAUGUUGUGUUGCUGACAGAGGAUCGAAAUUUAAGAGUUAAAGCUCUCUCGUCAGACAUGCCUGUAAGGGCAGUAAUGGAUUUCAUAAACUGGUUGAACUUCAUCAGUAGUUGAUCCAUUUGAUUGCAGUGGUAGGAAUGCUAUAUUGUUCCUAAUUACAAAGACUUUUCUAGUGACAUUUUUAAAUACCACUGUUUAUGGUACCUACUUAACUCUCGUGUCCUUCUAUUUUGGCACCAUUUCAAACGUUAACCAUUUAUAAAUACAUAAAACAAUACACAGUCUGACCAACGUUUUUAAUUUUUAAUUUUUCGACCUAGCGGUGAUCUACGAUCAUCUUAUUUAUUAUAUAUUCAAUACAUAAAUCACUGUUCAUCGUGGUCGUGUACAUAAGAUAAUAUACAGAAUAGAGAUGAUUCAAAAGGAGGAGGAGGAAGAAGAGAACCAAGGAAAAGAUGAAGAUUAUAGAAUAUCCAAAACACACACGCGCGAAAUCGAAUUCGCGAGAUCGUCAUGAGGAUAUAAUGAGUAUAUAAAAAAAUCGGCCAGCACUCCCAGAAACGCUGCUUCGGACCAAACGUUUAUUUUGACAUUAAAUAUAACAUUCUUUUAAUAAACUAAUGAAGGUGUGUGCAUUCGUUCGAUUUCGUGAUCGUCAGCGUCAUCUUUAGAUAAGUACAUUGUUUUCCUUUCUGUUUCUAGUUUUGUUUUUAAAUUUAAAUUUGUAUUAUUAUUUUAUUGUUAUUUUUAGUACCUAACUCUACUCUACUGCCUUUUUAGCUGUCGAUAAAUUCGUAUCGCAUUUGCUCACUUUUAAUAUAUUAUUAUAAUAUAAUAUAACUAUUAUAUCGUGCUAUACUACAAUAUAUAAUAUUAUAAUAUAUACAAUUACCCCCGCCUGCCAAUCAACCGUGUUUAGGUGCUUCCUCGAUAUGGUGACCUUUUGGUCGGGGAGAUUUUAUAAUAUAACUAUUAUUAUUUGUUUUAUAGUAUACAUUUGUAACUGCAUUUACCGGUAGAUUAUUUUGCACCCAGCGAGACGUCGCCCAACCUCCGUGCGACCUAUCGUCACAAUAUACGUGUGAGUGUACAUAGAUAGUCUUACCGAAAUCCCGACGUUGACAGAAGUUAAAAGAUUUUUCCACCGAACCACAAUUUAUUAUAGGACGAUGCCCUCGCCCGGCGCUCGUAAAUCUCGUAAUCUGUCCGUAUCUACAACAAUUAUUUUGAAAAACGCCAAUUUUUAUUUCGGCGUUCCAUCACGGUUAGGUUAGAGGUCCCAGCUCGAUCGUCAUACAACCGUGUACAUAUUAUAUUAAUCGAUGUAUAUAUCUAUUGUUAUCUGCGUUAUAAUAAUUAUGCGCGUUUGUGUAUAAUAUUAUUAUUUAUGUGUACACACGAUUCAUUUUAUAUUUCUAACGAAACGCGAACAAUUGUAUCGCUUUAUUAUGACUUGAACGCAAUGUCUAUAGAACGCGACUCGACUGUUUGUUAUUUGUGCAAAGGAGAUGUUGGUCACACAUCGUCUGAACGGAUAUUGUAGAAAUCAACCACCGAUAUUCGCUUUACAGUUUUUCAUCUUUUAUCGUGUACUAUUUCGUCAGCAUUGCACCCUUCCCUCCUCA